UCUUUCUUUUCACGUUCACAAGAAGUGAGUUACGAGUACAGUAGUAGUCGCCCUUCAAACGGUCUUGUCGCUUGAGUUUUGGCCUUUGGCCUGUGGAGCUGGGUUGGCGAGCAGAGUUUGUAUUCAUCACCGCAGCUAUGGCGGAAAGAAAGCCGCGUGUAGAUACUGGUGGAAAGGUGAUCACGGCAACGAAACGGGCUAGGCCAGAUGGAGACGAUGCUGAGCUGGACCUCAAGGCGAAAAUCGCGGCUGGUAAAUUUGACCCUCCUCCUUCAGCAGCUGACGGCCUAAAGAAGGAACAGUCUGGAACGAAUCCGUUCAACAACAGGCCAUUCUCGAAGCGGUACUUUGAGAUCCUGAGCAAGCGAACUCAGCUUCCGGUCUGGGAAUACCGUGAGCAGUUCAUCAACACAUUGAUGUCCACGCAGUGCAUGGUGCUUGUUGGUGAGACUGGCAGUGGAAAAACAACACAGAUUCCCCAGUGGUGCGUAGAGCUGAUGCAUCAUGGAGGAAUGGGCAAUGGUGUGGCGUGCACGCAGCCGCGUCGAGUGGCCGCCAUGAGUGUAGCGCAACGUGUUGCAGACGAAAUGGACGUCGUUCUCGGUCAGACCGUGGGAUACACGAUCCGUUUUGAGGACUGCAGCUCACAGGCAACCAGAAUGAAGUACAUGACAGACGGUAUGUUGCUGCGUGAAGCCAUGACCGAUCCGCUCCUGGAAAAGUACGGCAUCAUUCUGCUCGACGAGGCUCACGAACGGACACUGGCCACUGAUAUUCUCAUGGGCCUGCUGAAAGAGGUGGUGAAAGCACGUACUGAUUUGAAGAUUGUGAUUAUGAGUGCCACACUGGAUGCUGGCAAGUUCCAGAAGUACUUUGACAAGGCUCCGCUCAUGACAAUCCCCGGAAGAACUCAUCCUGUCGAGAUCUUCUACACCCCGGAGCCCGAGCGUGACUACCUCGAGGCAGCUAUCCGAACUGUUGUCCAGAUCCACUUGUGCGAAGAGAUUGAAGGUGACAUUCUUCUUUUCCUCACUGGUCAAGAGGAAAUUGACGAAGCCUGCAAGCGUCUAAAGCGGGAGAUCGAUAACUUGGGUCCAGAAGUGGGUGAGAUGAAAUGCAUCCCCCUGUACAGUACACUGCCGCCAAACCAGCAGCAGCGGAUUUUCGAGGCAGCGCCACCCACCAAGGAGAACGGCGCCAUUGGCCGUAAGGUAGUGGUAGCUACGAACAUUGCUGAAACAUCGUUAACCAUCGAUGGAGUAGUGUUCGUCAUUGAUCCUGGUUUCGCUAAGCAAAAGGUGUAUAACCCGCGUGUGCGUGUUGAGUCCUUGCUGGUGUCUGCCAUUAGCAAGGCCAGUGCGCAGCAGAGAGCCGGACGAGCUGGUCGUACGCGGCCCGGAAAGUGCUUCCGCCUCUACACAGAGAAGGCGUACAAGUCUGAAAUGCAGGACCAGACGUAUCCUGAGAUCUUGAGGUCUAACCUCGGAACAGUCGUCUUGCAAUUGAAGAAAUUGGGUAUCGAUGAUUUGGUCCACUUUGACUUCAUGGAUCCCCCUGCGCCCGAGACCCUGAUGAGAGCACUGGAAAUGUUGAACUACUUGGGCGCACUGGAUGACGACGGUGACUUGACUGAACUCGGAUCCAUCAUGGCAGAGUUCCCGCUCGACCCACAGCUGGCCAAGAUGGUGAUUGCUAGUGCCGACUAUGGUUGUAGUAACGAAGUUCUCUCCAUCACGGCAAUGCUCUCAGUGCCCAUGUGCUUCAUGCGACCCAAUGACGCCAAGAAGCAGGCUGAUGAAGCCAAGAUGCGCUUUGCGCACAUCGAUGGAGAUCACCUGACACUGCUCAACGUCUACCAUGCCUACAAGCAAAAUAAGGAAGACACUCAGUGGUGCUAUGAGAACUUUGUAAACUAUCGUUCACUGAAGCAGGCAGACAGCGUCAGGGAGCAGCUUGGUCGCAUCAUGGAUCGGUAUAACUUGCGCCGUUCCAGCACGGACUUCUCCAGCCGCGACUAUUACCUGAACAUUCGCAAAGCUCUCGUUUGCGGAUUCUUCAUGCAGGCAACUCACUUGGAACGUGCCGGUCACUAUCUUACGGUAAAGGAUAAUCAGGUUGUCCAGCUCCAUCCGUCCACAUGUCUCGACCACAAGCCCGAGUGGGUUAUCUACCACGAGUUUGUACUCACAACCAAGAAGUACAUUAGAACAGUCACUGACAUGAAGGGUGAAUGGCUGGUGCGCAUUGCACCCCACUAUUAUGACCUGACCAACUUCCCGGAGUGCGAGGCACGGCACGUGCUGGAACGCCUCGUCAAGCGUAUUCGACAGGAGCAGCAGGCACCCGGUGUUGCGUAACUGCCCCGCUGUGUCACCUCGCACUGCUAAACCAAACCGGUGUGCAUCGUUGCACUGCCGCUGCAGCUGCUUGGAUCCUGCUGGUGUGUUGGCUGGUGUUGCCGCAACUCCCCACGCCUUGGAUCACCGCUGAUUACCAGCAUGACUUUGCUCUGUGUUAAGAAGCAGACGGUCGGCACUGGGUCUGCUGGAGUCUCUAGUACCUCCUGAGUCCAUGUCUUGUCCACACAAACGUUCCACUUUGAACCUUCUGCCCACCUUGCCGUACAACACGUUGUGCGGGGGCACUAGUACAUUGCUGUCGCGUCCAUUGCUUCGGCAACUGACAGUCUUAAAAAAGCAAAUGACGUAGACACACUGCUGGUCUUAUGUCGCACUGAGUGCAAACUUACUUGAUCCUUGCUUCUUCUCUUUGUACCUUUUUUUUUAUUUAAGUCGAGACAUGUUCUAGUGUGAAAUGCUGGUGGACUGCGCUUGUCAUGUUCAUGCCACCUAUCUCCACUCAUUUUAGAUCAGGUGUUUUCUGACUGUGCUAUUUUGCUUCAUGCUGUUGCUAUUGGUGGCCCCAGCUCAGGGCCGCAGCUUGUGUAGCUUGGCUACGGAGAAGAUGCACUCGCUGUACAUAUAUUAUUUUAUCAUUAAAUCAGUGCAUGCUGCUUCUGCUGCUUGCACUUGGACGAGUACAGUAAUGGUCUGAUCUAAACACCUGACGUCGGCUGA